AGAAUGUCCUGCUUGUGGAGAAGAGGCAGAGAUAGAUGAUGGACUAAUUCGAGAAAAGGAAACUUAUCUAGAAAAAAAGCAAAGGAUUGCCACCAAAAAGAUGAUUAGAAAAGUAAUUCCGGCAGAAAUAAAUUACCAAAUUAUUUUUCCUCAAAAGUCCUCGGUUCACAAAGAUAAGGGACAAAUAAAAGAGAAAUACGUUAUCAGUAUUCCUCGCAAAACUUUCUUUUUACCAAGAGAUGAUUUUGUUGAUACAGCACUGGCUCAUGAACCUAUACACCCUUUAAUUUGGGAAGAUGGACACGGCCGAGAGUGA